CAAACUAAGAAAAUAUUCUACUUGUCAUCAAUAAUGGCACCAUCCCCUCUGGUUUUCACAGUGCAGAGGCAGAUGCCGGUUCUAGUAACACCGGCAAAGCCUACACCACACGAAUUCAAGUAUCUCUCAGACAUCGAUGACCAGGAGAGCCUGAGGUUCCAGAUCCCUCUAAUCCACUUUUACAGAAACGAGCCAUGUAUGAGUGGCGUUGAUCCUGCAAAGGUGAUAAGAGAGGCCUUGGCGAGAGCUCUGGUGUUCUACUAUCCCUUUGCCGGCCGUCUUCGGGAAGAGUCUGGAAGAAAGCUUGUUGUGAACUGCACCGGUGAAGGGGUGUUGUUCAUUGAAGCUGAUGCAAAUGUCCGCCUGCAGGAUUUCGGUGACAACCUGCAGCCACCGUUCCCAUGCAUGGAGGAGCUCCUCUUCGACGUUGAGGGUUCUGCUGGUGUUCUUAACUGUCCAUUGCUCUUGAUUCAGGUGACACGAUUGUUGUGUGGAGGAUUCAUCUUUGCACUCCGGGUUAACCACACCAUGGCGGACGGACCAGGAAUGGCUCUGUUCAUGAACGCAGUGGCCGAGAUGGCACGGGGAGCAACCGCGCCAUCAGUGCUGCCAGUCUGGUCAAGAGAGCUGCUUAGGGCGCGCAAUCCGCCACGAGUGACGUUCGAGCACCGUGAGUACGAUGAAGACAUGCCUCAUGACUCCCACAACACCAUCAACACACCACCCGAUGACAUAACGCACCGUUCCUUCUACUUCGGUCCCAGGGAGAUUUCAGCUCUGAGAAUGCGUUUGCCGGAACACCUACGCAAGAGCUCGACGUUUGAGAUACUGACAGCGUGCUUGUGGAGAUGCCGAACCAUGGCGCUGCAGCUGGAGCCAGAGGAAGAGGUGCGCAUGAUGGGCAUUGUCAAUGCUCGAGGAAAGAAGGAAGGGGAUUUUCUGCCGAUUGGGUACUAUGGAAACGCAUUCACAUACCCGACGGCGGUGUCAAAGGUGAAGCACUUAUGCAAUGAACCUGUGGAAUAUGCGUUGGAGUUGGUGAAGAAGGCCAAGUCGCAGGGGAUGACACGUGAGUACCUGCAAUCUGUGGCGGACUUGAUGGUCCUGAGAGGGAGGCCUCACUUCACAAUUGCGAAAUCGUAUCUUGUGUCGGACCUGACAAGAGCUGGGCUUGAGAAUGUGGACUUCGGGUGGGGGAAGGCGGUGUAUGGAAGUGUGGCGAAAGGUGGGAUUGGGGAUAUCCCACUGGUGAGCUUUUAUGUACCUUUCAGGAAUGGCAUUGUGGUGCCUGUUUGCUUGCCAAGCGCUGCAAUGGAUAGGUUUGUGAAGGAGAUUGAGAACAUGACCAGUGAUCAGAUUACUGCACCACCACCACCACCUUCUCGUCUGCUAUCUGUACUCUGAACUCUGAUGUGGAAACUGUUGGAAAUAUAGAAUAAAGGGACACCGGCGACUCUCGUUAGCCCAUGGGAUCAUGUUAUUCCAUUUGUAAGUACGUAAAGAUGUGUUCAAAAAGUAUUGGCCUUUAUAGUUUGGGUAUUUAUGGUCUUCUUCUUCGUCACUCUCAGCGCAAUUUCUAUGGCAGUUAAAACUUAUUUGUUUUGUCUGUCUC